UAAAAUAAUAACAUAUAAUGCGGGAAAAGAAUCUAGGCCCUUCCACGCGCUUGUGGGCGCGGGGGCCCCAGAGUGCUCGUGGUUCCGCACUAGGUGUCUGUGGGGGGGCAGGAACCGGAACCAUGGGUGGGACCGCCAGCACCCGCCGAGUCACCUUCGAGGCGGAUGAGAAUGAGAACAUCACCGUGGUGAAGGGCAUCCGGCUUUCGGAAAAUGUGAUUGAUCGAAUGAAGGAAUCCUCUCCAUCUGGCUCGAAGUCUCAGCGGUAUUCUGGUGCUUAUGGUGCCUCAGUUUCUGAUGAAGAAUUGAAAAGAAGAGUAGCUAAGGAGCUGGCAUUGGAGCAAGCCAAGAAAGAAUCUGAAGAUCAGAAACCACUAAAGCAAGCCAGAGAGCUAGACCAAGAGAGGGCUGCUGCCAAUGAGCAGUUAACCAGAGCCAUCCUUCGGGAGAGGAUAGCAAGUGAGGAGGAACGUGCUAAGGCAAAGCACCUGGCUAGGCAGCUGGAAGAGAAAGACCGAGUGCUCAAGAAGCAGGAUGCAUUCUACAAAGAACAGCUGGCUAGACUGGAGGAGAAGAGCUCAGAGUUCUACAAAGUCACCACUGAACAAUAUCAGAAAGCUGCUGAAGAGGUGGAAGCAAAGUUCAAGCGAUAUAAGUCUCAUCCAGUCUGUGCUGAUCUGCAGGCCAAGAUUCUCCAGUGCUACCAUGAGAACACACAUCAGACCCUCAAAUGUUCCACUCUGGCCAGCCAGUAUAUGCACUGCGUCAAUCAUGCCAAACAGAGCAUGCUUGAGAAGGGAGGCUAAAAACUCAGAACAAGCAAAACACCAUCAACGUCAAUUCCAGAGAUGGAACAUUUUUUUUCCUAGUAAGCAAGCAACCCAUUUGAAGAGAAGACCACUAAUGAGAAGACCACUCGAGAGACACCAGAUAAUGGAUUCAACAGAAUCAUACCACAUUUUGAACAGUGGCAUUUUGAAGGACCAAAGCCUUGACCAGGCAUCAGUCAUUAGAGGACACCCUUCAGUAUUAGUAAACCCUCUUACGACGAUUGAAGGAGAAGGGCAGCCUGCCCGCUCCACCUUUUGGUACUUUCUGUUCAACCUCCACUGACCAUAAAAUGUUUCUCUUCUGAGCGAGCCCCAUUAUUUGGUGAAGCUCCACCCUAACAAAGUGGGAUGGGUGGGGGGCUAAAUGAACUGAAGUGGGGCGAGGAGAGAAUCAGAAAACAUAGCUCUUGGGGCAGCAGUGCGGGGUGGAAUUGUCUAGGCUGCGGGAUGUUGGUUUUGUCUCUCUUUCUUUUCUCCUUUGCUUAUAUAAGAGCAAUUUCAUUUUAACUUACUAUGGCGAUCAUACAGGCAAAAACUUACUAUGGCGAUCAUACAGGCAAAAAGGAGAGAAAAUGUACCUCUUUUACUGGAAUAAUGUUUAUGAUUACAAGUGAGAUAAGGUAUUUUUAUCCAUAUGAAGGCAAACUUGGCUGAUAUAACCUCGAUAGUGAAUACUGACAUCUUUACUUCACUCACUAUCCAUAAUAAAUAUAUUUUCUGACAAAAAAAAAUAACAUAUAAUGAAUAUAUAAAAUUUAUUUUCAUACGAAGUCUUCAAAAUCCAGUUUAUAUUUUAUGGUUACAGCAAGUCUUGGAUUGGACUAGCCACAUUUCUGGGCUCCGUAGCCACAUGUGGCUAAUGGUGACUGUAUUGGACAUUGCAGCUUCUCGGUGCCUCAGAUGUAGCACUCGGGGAGCAAUGGGAAGAGGUAGUUGUUAAAACAUUAAAACUUGGAGGAGAGGCUCUGUGGGACAGAGCUCAGACCUCUGAGGAAGGAGUACUUCCUAGCUGGUAGAUUGCGGUCUCUGACCUCUGAGGAGAGACCUCUGGGUCUGGGACUGAGAUUUUUCAAGAGUGUGCCAGUAGGUAGGGCCAGGGUCUCCAGAAUGGGGUGCACUGAGGCUGACUUUGCAAGCUCAAACAAAGUACAAACUAGACUCAACUGCUACUGCAGCUGGGAAGCAGCAAGACCUGAGUGACGUGAUGGGAAGCAAACUGGAAUGAGCUCCUUGUUCUUCCACCACCUUUGCAGUUUCCCUCUGGCAUCCCUUUUUGGGUCCUAAUAGGGACCCAGCUAUGAAGCAAAAAUGUGUUUACAGACCUCACCUGACUCCCAGCCCCAACAUCAUGAAAUAGAGAGUAGAAGAGAGGUGAGAAGGUGGGAGUCAUAGCCAAAUGUUGAACACAGUAGUCCAUCUUAGGAUAACACUUAAAAAAGAAUUCUAACUAAAUUAAUCACAACAGAUACCUCCAUGUGAGGGAACAUGGAGAGGAUGGGACGCACCCCUGAGGAUCAGUCUUUGCCUUGUGUAUAUGAAUGAUAGACCUGGAUUGUCUCAUAAAGUGCUAAUGAGUUUCAAAGUACUGAAGUCUAAGCUUAGAGUUGGGUUGGGGGGAAAGUCAAAGUAUUCCAACUAUUUCAUUGUACUGUGUUUGUUGGGGUAGUGGUUGAAAAAAAUAGUAGGAACUGUGUUUUUAAACAAUAGUAGAGAAAAGAGUAUGAGAUUUUUUUGGCAGGAGUUACGGGGAGUGUAUGUUAACUUGACACAACCAGGAAAAUCAGGAAAAGGAAAAAAGAGAUAACAAAGUAAAAUUAAUAUUAAACAUAAUAUAAAAUGGAAGAAAUAAGUGUAUCAGUUAUAUUGUUAAUAAUUGUGACUGGGCAUAAUUAACCUUUUAAAGAUCAAGGCUGCCUGAUUGUUAAAAAAACACAUGCACAAUAAGAGCUAUGUAUUUCUGUGAAAUGCAGUGAAAACAAAAUAAUUUGCUUUAAUAUUAAUAAAGGUUAAAAAUUAAUGGAUUGGCAAAGCUGUGCCAAACAGAAAGAAAUAUGAGAAAACAUACAAUCAAAGGUUAUAAACACUUAAACAAUAAAGAAACAAAUUACGUAAUGAUAACGAGUACAGUUUAUAAAGACAGCAGUCAUUAACCUGUAUGUAUCAGUCAAAUUAGCAGCUUAAUGUAUGAAUAAAAAUGAUUCGAAAUUCAAAGUCAAGUUGAUUUACAAAAAUAAUAAGGGACUUUAUGUAAUCAUUUUUUCCUUAAAAAUGUUUACUCUGGCUUCAUGGAGGAGCAUGCUAAGCUUUAACAUUUAGCACAUCUAGUGAGUUAGGUGGUGUGUGUGUGUGUGUGUGUGUGUGUGUGUGUAGGGGAACAGAAAGGCCACUCACAGCCACCUCUUGGCACCACAUCUAAGAAGCUAAAUGUAGGUAUAGGGUGAGAGGUUGCAGUUUGGUUCAAGCUGGACGUUCCUUUGAAAUCAAAGAGAAGAGGAGAAGUAUUGAUUGUUUUCUUCCGUAGGGCUUACAAUGGUAAUGUGAUCUCUUUCUGUGGCCCAAGGUUUGCCUAGCCUUACCAAUGAACAUAAUUUCAAAAUUUGAGUCCUGGCAAAAAUGUAUCCCUUAUGAAAAAGAAACAGGAGUACAAAAUAGUGUAAAAGACUUGAUGUAUGUUUUGUCUACGUAAGUGUACUAUGAUUCUCACAUUAUUUCAUGGCUCACAGUCCUCUUUAUGAGACCGCUACCCAUGUCUCUCAGGUCACUGAACCAGGAUUAUUGUCCUAGUUUCUGUCUUCAGGAGGAAGCCAUUUCACAUUGUCGUCUGUCUGGGGCUCAAGCUGUCCCAUCUUGUAUGGGGCCGCUGCUUGCAGGAAGAGUUGAUAGUUUGCCUAGUAUGGUUCAUGAAAGGGAUUUCCCCAGAGAUGCCUGCAUUUGACCCCAGGUUCCUUUUUCUUCCAGCUGACUUCAUGAUUGUCUAUCUCUAGCAUCUUAGUAAUAAGACAGCCGCAGUGCCCAUUCCAGUGAAGGAUACUACAGGAUAGGAAGCAAGGAGAAGGGUGUACUUUCUAAACAAUGGUAACAGGUCAUCCACCAGCAUUUCCUCCCAUACAUUCUGUAAAACAGGUUAUUAUUUUUUUUUUUUUUUGAGACUGAGUUUUGCUCUUACCCAGGCUGGAGUGCCAUGGCGUGAUCUCGGCUCACUCUAACCUCCGCCUCCUGGGUUCAGGCAAUUCUCCUGCCUCAGCCUCCUGAGUAGCUGGGAUUACAGGCACGUGCCACCAUGCCCAGCUAAUUUUUUGUAUUUUUAGUAGAGAUGGGUUUCACCAUGUUGACCAGCAUGGUCUCGAUCUCUUGACCUCGUGAUCCACCCGCCUUGGCCUCCCAAAGUGCUGGGAUUACAGGCUUGAGCCACCGCGCCCAGCCAAAACAGGUUAUUUUUAAGUCCUGCUCAUAUUGGCACAGUUUAAUGGUGGUGUGUUUACCUCUCCAUUCCCACUAUUAUUCAAUCAUAUAUUGAUUGAAUCUGAUGUGUACUUUAAGAUAAAAAGCUGAUGAUCUUGGUUAAGGUGCCUCUAAAGACUCAGUUCAAGUUAGACAAAGAAAUGGCCAUAGGUCAUUUCAGUGUUUUGUGGUGGUGUGUAUGUUCCUCCUAGGUAGUUUUGAUUGUGAUUUUUUUGAGAGAGAGUGGGUACAAGAACCAUGGAUAUGGUAACAUUAACUUGUGAACUAAAAUCAGAAUACUUUUGAAACAUAAAUGUGUUUCUCAGUGCUGUAGGAGAAUGUAUUUAAGAAGGUCCAAGAGCAUCCAGGACAGGUGGUACUUGUUCCCAAAUGAGAACUGAAAUAGGGACUUUAGGUAUAAAGUAAUACACGAAGUGUAAAUGGGAGGCAAUCAUCUGGAAGGGGGAGAUGAAUGCUAUUUAGGAUUAUGGCGGUGGGUAACCCGUAAUUAUAGUCCUAGGCUUUUAGUUAUGGGCUGAGUUUUUUUUCUCUUGCAUCGUUUUGAAGCUAUGCAGGCACAUUUUGAGAUUGUGACAAAAUUUUAUUGUGAAUUAAAAUAAAAUCACCUUUUCUAUGUUCUGUGGAAAGGAAGGAAACCUUGAUUGUUAAAUUCUGAGUGCCAUUUUCAAUGGUAUUUACACAAAAAUGUAGAUGACCAAAUUAAGUGUCCUCUUGGUUUUAUUCAGAACCAGGUCUUAAUGCUGGUUAAAUACAGUCCUUCCUUGAUACGCAUGGAGGACUGGGUUCCAGGAUCCCUAAGGAUUCCAAAACCCUCAGAUGCUCAAGUUCCUUAUGUAAAAUAGUAUAGGACUUUCAUAUAACAGGUGCACUUCCUCCCAUAUGCUUUCCAUUAUUUCUAGAUGUACUUAUAAUACAAUGUAAGCACUAUGUAAAUAGUUGUUAUACUGUAUGUUAAAAAAUUUGUUUUUU